GAGUGGAAAGCCUCUCCUCCUCCUCUCUUCCACUUGAAUCUUUUUCUGAAAAUAGGCAUUGGACUCUUCCACUUGAAUCUGAGAUCAGAACUGAUGAAAAAAUUGUUCCUUUCCAAGCCACAAAAAGAAAAAUUCGAGUUGGGAUUUUGAUCAUAGUCUUUGAAGAGCAGCAAGGGUAGAUAGAGGAGAAACUUUGCAAAGACGAUCUCUUUCUUCUAAAGUGGAAUCAGAUCUUGGAGAGAAUGAAACAACUCGGACUUCAGGUGUAAGUCCGAGAUGUUGUUUCGAUUCAUUACUUUUUCAAUCUGACAACAAACUAAGUAAAAGAAGAGUAUUCUGCGGUCAACACUCAACAGCAGCAGCGGGAAUUUAGGUGGGGUUUGAGAGAGUGUUUGUGGAAUCUAAAGCAACCUUAAGGUAAAUUAGCAAUUUAAUUAGCUAAUGUUUAUGCCAAUUAGUGACUGAUAAAUUUGGAAUGAUUUUAGAACUUUUACCUCAGCUUUAUAUUCUGGACUUAUAAACACGUAGAAUUAAGUACAUGCUAGAAAGAAAGUGGAUUCUAUGACUCAGCAGAAGGAAUAGGAAAAAAUAAAAUGGAGUUAAGUGUGUGCUGUGACAAGAUCUAUAAGCUACACAGAGAUUAGUUAAUCACUUAAUUUUGAAGGAAUCUCAAAAAAUAGGAGGCUUAGUCACAUUAGAAGUACUGCAUGGAACUAACCAAAUCUGGAGGUUCGAUGGGCCUAAAAUUGUGAAAGGAAUGUUCAAGGGUAAUCCUAGAUUAAUCUGAAUGUGAUACUUAUUCUUGGAUAUGUGAUGUAAUAAGGGAAUUUAAUGAAUGGAACUUAUUGGUAAGGGUGCGGUUUAAAGAAAGAAGAGAGAGGUUUAUUUCCUGUUACCAGUAGGUAUGAAUUAUAGUUACCCAGUUAAAUUUUGUUUGAGUUAAACCAAUUUGUGGAGAAAGGGUAAGAAUCAGUGUAUAUAAAUGAAUUUGAUGGCAAAGGUAAUUCUAUGUGAUGUAUGUGGAGUAUCAUUUUACGAGUGUAAGUGUCAUUCCCUAACUAUUCCUUUAGUACAAGUAUGGAUGUUUAAGCUAAACCAAAAACUAUAAAAAAACUUGGCACAUGUAGCUUAAGCCGAGGGAAGAACAGUGAAGUUAGAUCUUUCUUUAGUACACGUAGAGUGUUACUUAAAGGUAUUUUGUAAUCUUGCAAGUUUAUUGUCUGUGUUGUCCUGUCCUCUGAUUUUGUUGCAAAGAAGAAAACAUGACUAAGUCUGUUUAUGACUUGUUUUGCUUCAUUCUGACUACGAUAGUUUUUGAGUUAAAUAGGUUAGUUAAAUAGUAUGAAGAUAGUAUUUCUAAUUAACUUUAGUGAAUUACCAUAAUUCUGCAACACAAUGAUCAAAUACUAGAACAGUGGUUUAGGGCCACACUAUUAAAUAUGCAAGCUGCUUGAGAGUGGUGAUAAUCGUGUUAAGAGUCUGACUGUUAUUUAUACUAUAAUAAUAUAUUUCUAGGAAAAAGUGGACUGGAUUGUGAAGGAAUUAUAUUCACUCCUUAAUCUCUAUUGAAACAUUGCACCAAGAGUCUCAUAGAGGUAUAAAAAGCACCCCAACAUCUUGUGGAUUGUUGAACUCCUCUCAUGUUCUGUAGUCCAUAGUCCAUACUAUAAAUAUGGAGAUGGGGACACAGAUGGUCAGCCAUGUUAAACUCAGGGCUUCACUUUUUUUUUUUUUGACUUUGAGCCUGACUUGAAAGCCUGAAUUCAGUAACUUCAGCAUGUCACAUUAGAUCAUAAAAAUCAUUGCCUAUGAGCUUCCCUCAAUUUUAUAUUAUUCUGGAAGAUCGAAUUUUUAAAGGACACACAAUAAUCAAUGCUUAUGUCUAUUUUUAGGUCCCAUGGAAGAAGUUGGGAUCUAGUGGAUUUGGGGAUGUCUUUGAGGUCAAUUUAAAUGACAAGGCAGUUGCAAUUAAAAACACAAGUACUCACAAAAAAAAUAUUGCUAAAGUGUAAAGUGUCAACAUCUAUUAAAUGCAAUCUAAAAAAUGAUUAACUGAUUUAUUUAAUCUUGCAGAGAGAGAAGGAUUUCCUAAAUACCAAUACCAAUGUCAGGAAGCUGAGGCACAGAAAUAUCAUUCCAUUGAAAGGAUAUGGUGAACAUAAGGAAAUCAAGAACAAAGAACUAACAGAUUACUUUGACUGGCUGGUUUAUGAACUCAUGCCUAAUUCACUAGAAGACAAGAUUGCUAGUAAACACAACAUUUUAUUCUAAUUUCAUUCAAUAAAAUAGUGUUAAAAUCCCCAAACCAUACAGGAUGAUUAACUUUCAUAUAUGUGUAUAUAUAUAUAUAUAUUUACCAUGCUGAAUUGGGAGCAAAUACUCAACAUUUUGCAACAGACGGUAGAUAUGUUGGCUUACGUGCACAGGGAGAAAAUUGUGCAUGAUGACAUUAAUCCUGCAAAUAUUUUGAUUACAGAGGUAGCCUAUCUACAAAGAGAAGGCCCAAUGUAAUUUCUAAUAGAUUUGCUAAUAAAAUACUAUAUGCACAGGAUUUUUUGGUCGAAGUGAUAGAUUUUGGUGCAGCAGCCAAAGUUGGUCGAGAUGUAAAUAGUGGACCCGCAGCAUAUAAAUGACCCAAGACUGGACAACCACCAGGUAACUGAUUCUUUAUUAUUAUAGUAUACAUAAUGUUCAGACUUUAACACGAUUAUCACCACUCUCAAGCACUUUGCAUAUUUAAUAGUCUGGCCAUAAACCACCAUUCUAGUAUUGGACCAUUGUGUCGAAGAAUUAUGGUAAUCCACUAAAGUUAAUUAGAAAUACAAUCUUCCUACUGCCAAUCAUAGGAAAGACAGUACAAUCUUUCUUAAAGAAUUUAGAUAUUGAAUCUUUCUUAAAGAAUUAGGCAUGUGGUGAUUGUACAGUCUUGGCCGUUUAUAUGCUGUAGAUCCACUCUUUACAUCUUGAUCAACUUCGGCCGCUGCACCAAAAUCUGUCACUUUGACCACAAAAUCCUGUGCAUAUAAUAUUUUUAUUAACAAACCUAUUAGAAGUUAUAUUGGGUCUUCUCUUUGUAGAUACGCGAUCUCUGUAAUCAAAAUAUUUGCAGAUUUAAUGUCAUUAUGCACAACAUUCUCCAUGUGUAUGUAAGCCUAUGCUGCUGUCUGUUGCAAGAUGUCAAGCAUUUGCCCCCAAUUUAGCACUGUAAAAUAUAUAUAUAUAUAUAUAUAUAUACAUAUGAAAGUUAAUCAUCCUAUAUGGUUCAAGGAUUUCAACACUGUUUUAUUGAAUGAAAUUAGGAUAAAGAGUUGUGCUUACUUCCAAUCUUGUCCUCUAGUGAAGCAGGCAUGAGCUCGUAAACCAGCCAGACAAAAUGAUCUGCUAGUUCUUUGUUCUUCUUUCUUGAUUUCCUUGUGUUAAUCAUAUCCUUUCAAUUGAAUAAUAUUUCUGUGCCUCA